AUGUGGUAUAACACGGCCCAGUGGCUCAACCACCCUUGGAUUUUGGCGUACACGGAAAUGGCCCGAGCGGGACCAUCGGUUGAUUGGACCAAAAUGUUCUCGAUCCCACAACCCACCACCCCUACCUUCUUUAUGGAAGGUUAUGCCGGUCCCUCUCCCCCUUUACCUCCAUCUUCGACCGAUUCAUUGCUCCCAGUCACAGUCCCAACUCCCCCAUUGCCGGUACCGACAGCUUCAUCAUCGCUCCUGGCCCCAACAAAACCAACGCGUCAGGCAAAAUCAACCGAUCCUGUGCCAGCAGCUGAAACGAAGUCCAAGAGUAAGACAAAGUCUGGGCGAAGGAAACCCAAGGCCGGGUCCAGCGCCCAGCCACAAUCAGAGGUGACUCCUAACAACACCGCUGCCCCAGUCCAAAGCAAAAAAAGAAAAGGGGACUCGAUCGAAGCCAGGCCAAAGAAGACCAGAGUCGUGAGCGCGGAGUUCAUCAACAGCAGCAGUGAUGAGGAAACAUUGAAGCCGAAGUCGGAGUCACUUCGACCGGUUGGUGGGGAAGCAAAGGCGGUUAAACCCAAGUCCCAGCCCCAUUUCUCCCGCAUGACACCCAGUGCCGGCUUCAGUCUCAUCCAAAGGCCCAAGUUAGACCCCGACGCCAGUCCUCCCAAGACCGCCAUGGCCGCUUUAAGGCAAGCCAAAACUGCCAAACGUCUUGCAAAUCAGAAUGCCGCGAUUGCAAAAGGCAAUUAUCAGCUUGCGGAUAUCCCCUGUGAGGCCUGCAGCAAACGCCAAGAUCGAGACAUUGUUCCAUGCGCUAUCCAUUCCCCCCCACAACAAGGAUCCUGCUUCACCUGCAGUAUGGGUAAGACGACCUGCACAUAUGCAGUAACCAAGAAAAAGGACACCGACAGUGAGGUCGAAGACGAGAUCCAAAAGGGGUUGCAGGAUCUUGAAACGGCCACAGUCUCCAGGGGAGAUGCCCAAGUGAAGAUUGUGAGGAAGAAAGCGAGGUCAAAGAAGCCGCAGGUGAAGAAGGUGAAGCCGGAUGUCAAAGAGAAGGGCAAGGAGGAUGUCGAAAUGGCCGCAGUCGGGCAUGAUGUGGAGCAUGCAAUUGACGUGGACAUGGAGGUUGGUCUGACAAUGGGAAAGGGGAAGUCCGAGGGUGGUAUCGACAUAGAGAUGGCCGAAGUCAAACAUGAGGAAACCGAGGUCGGUGCCAUUCCAAAAGCCGACAAAGAUGUGGGCCGGGUGACUCCCACCAUAAUCAUUGAGCCACCCACACCACACACAUCAGCGAUUUUCAAGAGCACUGAGACCGAGGUCGGUACCAACACUGACAAAGGAAAGGGCCGGGAGAUUGGGCCGCCAGCCACCGACCUCCAGCAGAAACUCCGAGACCAACAAGCGCAAGUCAGCGUCAUGGAGUCGUCUACCCCUACUAUGCGAGAGUAUUUGGCAUUUGUGGUCCAAAAACAAGAUAUUGACGCAAGUGCCCUUCUCCCCCCGGCGGUUGACUCACCCGUGACCCUGUCACAACGUCUUUUGGCGCUCGAAGAGAUUACCCGGUGUAUUCAAGAUCAAGAUUUGGCUAGCCGUCCUCUGUCGGAGAAAAUUGCAAGUCUAGAGACCUCCGUUUGGUUUCAGGAAGAAAAAAUCACUGGAGCGACUCGCCGGAUGGACCGUAUUGAAGAGUCUGCCCACAUGCAUUGGAAGGAAACACAAGAAGAUUUGCAACUGGAAGCCGAGGUGAGGGAAGCCGUCAAGACACUGGAGAACAAGUGGGAGACUACACCAGCUGCGUUACAAGAGAGUCUCACCCAGGGCUUUGAGAAACUUGCAAGCCGCAUCGAAACUGCCGAGCUAAUGCUCCACGACCUCACCAAAUCAGUCACUACUAUUUCGGAGCUCAACCAAUCAAGUCUGGAAUCGCUCAUUAUCCAGUUCCUUGGCAACAAGGAGAAGAAGCACACUGGCAUCAAUACCGAUCACUCAGUCUCACCCGACCGCGGUCAGAAAAGCCAGCAGGUACAAGUCUCCCCGACCCUGGGUGUCGUUCUGCCAAACCCAGUUUCAACCGAUCACGCGCAAGUCUCUCCAACCCUGGCCGUCUUUCUGCCUCCAGCAUCUGAGAGCCCAGCGGUCCUUCUGUUGGUGCCAAACCCAAUUCCUCCAACCCGGGCAAGUUCGCCCGGUCCUUACAUUGGGGGUAAUAGGAAGUCACCUCGGCUACAGAAACUCGAACCCACACUUCAAACCCCCGCACAGACUUGGCGUUUAUUUCAGGCAGCCGAGUGCGGUUGUUUGAGCCAGACCCGUUCCAACAUGGUCAUGGACCCAGUAAACUGCAUGACCGAAUACUGGACCAUGACCGGCAAAGAAAAGCCGAGGUAA